UUGUAAUUAAUGUCACUAGGUGUUUGUUGUUAAAUGUCAAUUCCCUCCAUUAUCAGCACUGCACUCACUGCUUCGAGUUCUUCCAUCUUCAGAAAUCAGUUGAGUUUUGGUAAUUUGCUGCAGCGCCAGCAGCUUCAUCUACAUAUUAAUUCCUCCAAUCGAAUCGAAUCGAAUCGAAUCUGUCCCCAUUAACCAUCCAGCCAUUCUCCUUGUCCUUUGUGUUUUUUGUUUCUGCAGGAAGGAAUAUCAACAUUAUUAUUUCGCCUUGUUCGUUUGCGUUCUGUGGUUUCUUUCUCCUCCUUUUAUGGUUUCUCUCGGCAUCUUAUCGCUUGCCUUUUGUAUUUUUCCCAGCCUUAGAUCCGACGCUCGCAGAAUUCUUCUAUGGUUUCGCAUGAAGAGAGGAGAGCAAUGAUGAAUGCUUCGAUGCUCUUUCCAGAGUUUGCUUUUAAAGUCCAGGAUUGGAUUUCCAACGGUUUUCUAGGGUUUUGCUGAAGCUCUACGGCAGCUUACCAGUAGGAAACUGAUAUGAAGAUGAGGAAUUCGACUAGUUUGAUUUCUGUAUUGCUUUCGUUGCUCUUGCUGGUUUGGAGAACUCAUCAAUUGCGAAGCUAUCAAGUGCAGGCUCUUCUUCAGCUGAGGAAGCAUCUCGAGUACCCAUCGCCUCUCAACGUUUGGGAGACCCACACAGGUGAUUUGUGCAGCUCCUCAUCUCCACCACACAUGAGCAUCAAAUGCGAAAACGACACCGUUACAGAGAUCAGCAUUACAGGUGAUAAGAACAUCGCCAAGGUGAUGAACGAAUUUAGGGGAUAUGCUAUCCCCAAUCAGACCUUAUCCCCAAUUUUCUCUAUCGAUUCCUUCGCUACUACUCUGGCAAGGCUGUCUAGCUUAAGAGUCGUAAGCUUAGUCUCAUUGGGUAUUUGGGGACCAUUACCUGAAAAAAUCCAUCGAUUGUAUUCGCUUGAAGCUCUAGACAUGAGUUCGAAUUACAUCUUCGGUUCAAUUCCUCCUGAAAUGUCGAGAAUGGUGAAGCUUAGGUCAUUGACCUUCGAUGGAAACUAUCUAAAUAACACAAUCCCUGAAUGGUUGGAUUCAUUGUCGAAUCUCACUGUAUUGAGCUUGAAGAACAACAAGUUGAAGAGUGAAGUUCCUUCAUCAGUUUCGAGAAUUACCACACUGACUGAGCUAGCUCUGUCAAACAACUUGCUUUCUGGGGAGUUACCCGAUCUGAGCGCCCUCUCUAAUCUACAAUUGCUGGAUUUGAGAAACAACAGCUUUAGAUCUGAAUUGCCUCCUCUGCCGAACGUGCUUGCUAAUAUUUUCCUUAGCAACAAUUCAUUCUCGGGUAGAAUACCGGAGCAGUUUGGCAAAAUGAAUGAACUGCAGCAUCUUGACCUGUCAGGGAACCAUCUGAUCGGAAUCCCACCGGUGCAGCUUUUCUCACUACCGAAUAUAAGUUACUUGAAUUUAUCAUCAAACACUCUUGGCGGAUCACUUCCGGGGAGCCUUACAUGCGGGGAUGCUCUAAGUCUUGUUGAUGUCUCCAACAACAGAUUUACUGGUGAGCUUCCAGGUUGUUUGAACACUAAUGGUGAGAACAGAGUAGUUAGAGUUUCUGGGAAUUGCUUCUCCAAAGAUGCUGAGAAUCAGCAUCCUGCUGCCUACUGCAAAGACCUCAAUAAGGGUGGAAAAGGAUCCACAAUGAGGGAAAUCAGCAUUCUAGCAAGUGUUGUAGGGGGUGUUGUUGUGAUCGUUGCAAUCGUAUUUGUUGUUGGUCUUCUGGUUUUCCGUAGAAGGCAAUGCAGAAGGGAGAGUUUUGUUUUGCACGUUGCACCGAAGGUUAAGCAAGAUCAUUCGCCCUCAGGAAUCUCCUCGGAACUAUUUGCAAAUGCCAGGCUCAAUUCUGAAGGCUCCAACAUGGGGAAUCAAAGUUCUCCACUCUAUAAGGUGUUUUCUGUAGGCGAAAUGGAAGAAGCCACAAAAAACUUCGAUCAAACUACAUUAUUGGGGGAGGGUUCUCUUGGAAAGGUUUACAAAGGAAGACUUGAAAAUGGCACCCUAGUCGCAAUACGAUCUUUGGCACUAUCCAGAAAAUACUCUAUCCAGAACCUCAAGUUGCGACUCGAUAUGCUAUCAAAGCUGUGUCAUCCUCACUUGGUUGGCCUUCUAGGCCAUUGCAUUGAUGGUGGAACGCAAGAGGACUCGACUAUACACAGAUUGCUCCUUGUGCACGAAUAUGUUCCUAAUGGAAGCUUGCGCUCGCACCUUUCAGAGGCAAGUCCAGAGAAGAUUCUCAAAUGGUCAGACAGAUUAUCUAUUCUAAUCGACGUAGCCAAGGCUGUCCAUUUUCUGCAUACCGGGGUCAUCCCACCUUGUCCGAACAAUCAAUUGAAGACAAACAAUAUACUGCUUGAUGAGCAUGGGGUUGCAAAGCUUAGUGAUUAUGGAAUGUCCAUUUUUAUGGAUGAAACUGAAAAAACUGAGGGAAAAGGAGACAUGGCUAAAUCAGGGCAAGUAGAGAAAUUGCAGGAUGAUGUGUAUGACUUUGGGUUCAUAUUAUUGGAAUCACUUGUGGGUCCGAAUCUAAAUGGGAAAAGAGAGGCAUUUCUGCUAAAUGAAAUGACAUCCUUCAGCAGCCAAGAUGGCAGGCGAAAAAUUGUUGAUCCUAUCGUGUUGACAACUAGCUCGCAGGAAUCUUUGUCAAUUGUGGUAUCCAUCACAAACAAAUGCAUAUCACCAGAGCCGUCUAGCCGGCCCUCGUUCGAGGGUGUCCUGUGGAACUUACAAUAUGCAGCUCAAGUGCAAACUGCAGCAGAUUCUGAUCAGAAAUCAGAGACUCUAUCCCCUCAGAGCUUCAGCUAAGGCAACCAUCGAAAACACACACACCUACAGCAACUCUGUUUUCUUUUCUAGAAUACCUUCACUGUUUUAUUGCAGCAGUGUUCAAUUGUAAAUGAAUUUUUGUUUUUGUUUUCAGUAUUGAUUCUGUUGGUUGUGUUAGAGAUUGGGUCAUGUAACAG